AUGGCCGCCGGACCGGUUGAAUUCCUGCCGAAUACUUUGGCAUUCCUAACGGCUGUCUGGAGAGGGAGAGAAAAAACUCUCACCCCAGGAGGUAUGGAGAAGAAGAAGAAGUAUAUAAGGACCCCGGUGGUGGGUGUCAUUCACCGUCUUUAUCUGGAACCAGCAGCCGUUAAACUUCUUCACUGACAACCGGAGAAAAGCAAAGAAGCCGCAGACAUGUGUGACGAUGAAGAGACCACCGCCCUCGUCUGUGACAACGGCUCCGGCCUGGUGAAGGCUGGCUUCGCAGGAGACGACGCUCCCAGAGCCGUCUUCCCCUCCAUCGUGGGCCGCCCCCGCCACCAGGGUGUGAUGGUGGGUAUGGGUCAGAAGGACUCCUACGUGGGAGACGAGGCCCAGAGCAAGAGGGGUAUCCUGACCCUGAAGUACCCCAUCGAGCACGGCAUCAUCACCAACUGGGACGACAUGGAGAAGAUCUGGCACCACACCUUCUACAACGAGCUGCGCGUGGCCCCCGAGGAGCACCCCACGCUGCUCACUGAAGCCCCCCUCAACCCCAAAGCCAACAGGGAGAAGAUGACCCAGAUCAUGUUCGAGACCUUCAACGUUCCCGCCAUGUACGUCGCCAUCCAGGCCGUGCUGUCCCUGUACGCCUCCGGACGUACCACCGGUAUCGUGCUGGACUCUGGAGACGGUGUGACCCACAACGUCCCGAUCUAUGAAGGCUACGCUCUGCCUCACGCCAUCAUGCGUCUGGACCUGGCCGGUCGCGAUCUGACCGACUACCUCAUGAAGAUCCUGACAGAGCGCGGAUACUCCUUCGUCACAACCGCUGAGCGUGAGAUCGUGCGUGACAUCAAGGAGAAGCUCUGCUACGUGGCUCUGGACUUUGAGAACGAGAUGGCCACCGCCGCCUCCUCCUCCUCUCUGGAGAAGAGCUACGAGCUUCCCGACGGUCAGGUCAUCACCAUCGGCAACGAGCGUUUCCGCUGCCCAGAGACUCUCUUCCAACCCUCCUUCAUCGGUAUGGAGUCUGCAGGUAUCCAUGAAACCGCCUACAACAGCAUCAUGAAGUGUGACAUCGACAUCCGUAAGGACCUGUACGCCAACAACGUGCUGUCCGGCGGCACCACCAUGUACCCGGGUAUCGCUGACCGCAUGCAGAAAGAGAUCACAGCUCUGGCUCCCAGCACCAUGAAGAUCAAGAUCAUCGCCCCUCCUGAGCGCAAAUACUCCGUCUGGAUCGGUGGCUCCAUCCUCGCCUCCCUCUCCACCUUCCAGCAGAUGUGGAUCAGCAAGCAGGAGUACGAUGAGGCCGGUCCCUCCAUCGUCCACAGGAAGUGCUUCUAAACCCGCCUCCACGACCCCUUCAGGAUCCAGAGCAAAGAGACGCCGGAAUAACAUCCUCUCUGUAACCAGAUCCGUGGCGUCUGACCUGUACAUAUGUUAUUUAUUCCUUCUGUUUUGUAUGUGAAGUUUUUUUUAAUGUAAAUGAUGUCCAGUGACACAAAAACAAAACAAAGAAAAGACCAAAAAAGAAACCAGACAAAACAAAUAAAGUCCAUUUAUUUUCA